CCUGAUGCAGAGAAGGGAUGUUUCAAAUGGAUCAAAGUCUGUGUUGGCGUCAUUCUCCAAUGGUCUUCUAACAAAUUUAAAGCUGGGUCCUGGAGUUUACUGCUUGGUGAACUCCAUGAAAGCAAAGAGUCUCAAGCUCAACUGGAUCUGACCUGAUGGAGUCGGAUAACACUAAAAAGACUGCACGCACUUUGAUGAAGAGGUGCCUCCUCCUCUCCUUCCUCUGCAUUUUAUCACUGUGCAUUUUCAUUGGAUGGUCAAGAACCUUAAGACUGAAUCCUUUAGCCUUCAGCAGCAGCAGAAACAUGACCAUCCUGCUGUGGCACUAUCCCUUCGGAGAGUCAGUGAGCCUGAAUGGUGAUGUGUGCUGGGAUAUGUACCACAUCCCUCACUGUCGCCUGGUGGACCAGCACUCCAUGUUCUCCUCGGCCGAUGUGGUUGUCUUCCACAACAGGGAGCUGAUAGAAGGCACACAGAAGCUGCCCACCGACCAGCCUCGUCCACGGGGCCAGAGGUGGGCCUGGAUGACCCUGGAGGCCCCGCCUCACAAUGGAAACUUGGAUCCGUUUGCAAACAUCUUCAACAUGACCAUCACCUACAGGAGGGAUGCUGAUAUCACUGUUCCCUAUGGAGAGCUGCUACCUAAAGAGGAUGAAGGACGUCUGGUGGAAGACAACCUUCAGGAAAAGACCACUCUGAUCUGCUGGGUGGUCAGCAACUACAACAGCAACCACAAAAGAAGCCAAGUGUACAAUGACCUCAACGCCAUAGUUCCUGUGAAGGUCUACGGGCGAUGGACACAGACACCCCUCGACUCCUCAGGCCUCCUAUCUACAGUCUCUCACUGCUACUUUUAUCUGGCUUUUGAGAACUCAGUCUCCCAAGAUUAUAUCACAGAGAAGCUGUGGUAUAAUGCUUAUGAAAGCGGAGCUGUGCCCGUCGUCCUGGGAGCGUCGUUAAGUGAUUACAAAGCUGUGGCUCCACCUCAUUCGUUCAUCCAUGUCGACGAGUUUGCAUCAGUGAGAGAAUUGGCAAAUUAUCUACAAGAGCUGGCAAAGGACAAGAAACGCUACGCUGAAUAUCUGACGUGGAAACAACAUUGGAAAGUGAAACAGAACUCAGACGUGAGGGAGAGACUGUGUAAGAUCUGCGCAGAGUUCAACAGUUUACCUCAGCACAAGGUUUACUCAGACCUGGAGGCCUGGGACAAAACCACUUCAGCUUGAAUGGUUGCCAUUGAUGGUGACAAAGACAAGCUGCUGUUUUUACUGUGUUUCUGACACAUUAACAGGAAUCACCACCACAUCCUCUUCAUUACUUCUUACUAAGUACUGAUAGCUAUAUUGAAGUCAGUAGAAACAGGAAGGAGAAUGGUUUUAAA